GGGUGAUGGAGUGGGUGAGCGGGAUGGGACCUGUGGGGCCGGUCCAUCACUGGCCUCAGCCUGGCAAUCAGCACCGAACUGCGGGAAGCGAGGCCCCACUCGGAUCAAAUCUUGGCCUAUUCCAGCGCCGAUUUUGGAUCUCAAACGCCGUAAUUCCAAAACUUUAGGGCUCAGGUACUUCGUACAUCCAUACAUAUGACCUGGGGCUCCAUCACCUCAGAAACCUGGAGAAGAACUUCCAUAGGUAUCAUUGGCACCCCGAUCCCGGUGUCAGAACACCAAAGCAGCCAUACCCAAAUUUGAUCAUAUUCAUAUUCUUGUCCCCCGCAUUCCCGCCGACCGCAUCCUCUGUUGUAUUGGAUAAGUUGAUGUGGUCAGUGGAGACCACCAAAAAAAGAUCACGCCUCCCCAAAGCGGAAACACAAUGAAGUCACUCGAAUUUCGCAUUCGCAAACUGCACGUCAACACUGACACCGACAAGAGGCUGCAGAAGAAGCAGCCUUCGCGGGUUUAUGUCAAUGAGGAAGCCCUCAUCGAGUUGACGGGCUCAAGGGAUGGAGGGAAGGUUGUUUGUUUAGAGAAGGUUUCGGCCUCACUAGACGAACCUCCAGUUCGACGAGAGGCCACCCUUUGGAAAGCACCCGAAAAGCUGGAUAAGACGGUUACGCAGAUGUACGAUGCCUUCCGGGAUGCCUGUGGUUACAAGCUGGGCGAGCAGGUCCGCAUCACAUCACUGGGAGGGCCGCUGCCCGACGCUGAGGAGGUCAUCAUAGAACAGCCCCCCGGUCAGGAUGGCUCUCCUCCUAGUCCACUUGCUCCUGAGGAUAUUUCAGGCUGGGAGUUUGUUCUGGCCGGACGUCUGUCCCAGGUGGAGCAUGUCUUUGCCGGCCUCCUUUUUAAGAACCUCUUCGCCAGGGGACCUGAGAGAUCUUUUCUAGUGGCAUCAGUAAACGGGAGGAAUACCGGGAACGCUCGUUACCAGGACCGAAAAACAGCUAUAAAGGUUGCCACUACCGCACCCACCAACAGCAACCAGCCAGACCAGGCGUCGGCGCGGAAACUAGGAGUGACAGGCAUCAGGGGGCUCGAUCCGCAGAUUCGCCAGCUGAACAACAUCUUGGGUUGCUUUGAUGCCAACAUCCCCUUCAGGAAGAAACCGUCCUACCGUGGUAUCGUCAUCCACGGCGGCCACGGCACGGGCAAGACGAUGCUGUUGAACAACAUCGCGGGCACCGGCUGGGGCACCGUCUUCCGCAUUCAGUACAAGGACAAACUGGCUGAGAUCCAAGAGGUGUUUCAGAAGGCGAGGUUGCAACAGCCGAGCAUCGUACUCAUCGAUCAGCUCGAGAGGCUGAUCGACAAGGAUCGUAGCAACCGCGCGGCCGUCAUUCUUGCCCUCUGUGAGGCACUCGACACUCUCGCAGUAGAUGCCGCGACUAAAGGGGAGCUUCCCAAGGUGGUUGUUAUAGCUACAUGCCUCGACUACACCACUGACAUACCCGAUGAUCUCAAAGAACCCCGCCGUUUGACCAGCGAAAUUUACCUCGCUCUACCAGAUGUACAGGGUCGGAGGGAGAUCCUGGCGGCCCUCGACCUCGACGUCGCCCCCGACCAGGAGCAAGAUCUCCUGCGCGAUCUGAGCGAGAGGACCCACGCCUACAACGGCAAGGACCUUUCUCGCCUAGUCGACGAAGCGGAUUUGAUCGCACGGGUCCGCCACUGUCAGAUAUCCCAACCUGACGACUCCAACUCCCCCACCCCUGCUUCAGACGACACAGAACCCCAGACCGAAACCGCACCCCAACCGGAACCAGUCUACCACCUCCCCGCCGACUACCAUGAGGCCCUCCGCCUAGUCCGGCCCUCAGCGAUGCACGACAUCAACCUCAAACCGCCACCCAUCCGCUGGGACGACAUCGGCGGGCAAGAGAACGUCAAGCUCUCGCUGCGGCGGGCGGUGCGGCUAUCAACAGAGCCACCAGAGACACUAUCGCGGUAUUUCGAGCGCCCUCCCAAGGGGUUCCUGCUGUACGGCCCGCCGGGGUGUUCCAAGACGAUGGCGGCGCAGGCGAUGGCGACCGAGUCCGGGCUCAACUUCUUCGCCGUCAAGGGCGCCGAGCUGCUCAACAUGUACGUGGGCGAGUCGGAGCGCGCCGUGCGCCGCCUCUUCCAGCGCGCCCGCGAGGUCAGCCCCAGCAUGAUCUUCUUCGACGAGAUCGACAGCAUCGCCGGCCAGCGCAGCGGCUUCUCCUCCUCUUCCUCCUCCUCCAACAACAACAGCAGCGGCGGCCACGGCGGCAUCAACGUCCUAACCACCCUGCUCAACGAGAUGGACGGCUUCGAAGCGCUGCACGGCGUCGUCGUGCUGGCCGCCACCAACCGCCCGCAAGCGCUCGACCCAGCGCUGCUCCGCCCCGGGCGCUUCGACGAGCUGAUCUACGUCAGCCCCCCCGACGAGGCCGCGCGGCGGGCGAUCCUGGCGCAGGUGGCGGCGCGGCGGCUGUGGCACGCCGACGCCGACGUGGAGCGGCUCGCGCGCGACACCGACGGCUGCUCGGGCGCCGAGAUCAAGGGCAUCUGCGCGGCCGCGGGCGUGGCCGCCUAUGAUCGGUGUGCCGCGGGCGGGGAGCCGGCGAUCAUGAUGCAGGAUCUGGAGAGGGCGAUUCGGAACCAGAAGAGGCAGAUUACGGACGAGAUGUUGAGGGGGUUUGAGGCGUGGGAGAGGCAGUUUAGGAAGUUUUGA